GAUGCUUCAGAAAAGAAUUGAUUUUUGUUUUCAUUGGAGGGUGUUGAAGCAAAUUCCGAAAUUUUUCUAACUUUAAGCAAAAAUGGGCAGACUUGUUGUUGAUAAGGUUUGUUCAGAUGAGAACGUUCACGAUGGAAUGGUUACAAGUGUUUCUUAUCACAAUGGAUAUCUUUACAGUGCAGCUAAUGAUGGAAAAAUUAAAAUCUUCGAUUCAGAUUUAAAUUUCAUUCGUGAUGUAUCGGUUCAUGAAGCAUUCGUUUAUGCAAUUGUGGUCGACCAAAAUGGAAAGUUAUACACUUCGAGGGGAUAACACUGGUAAUGUCUCAGCAUAUGAGAAUGGACAUUUAAAAUAUACGAUCACUGUUCCUGAUGCUGUCAAAUGUGUGUUUGUUGAGAAAGAAAUUCUUUACAUUUUCACACCAACUGAACUUUCGAUCUACGAAGUGACCGAUGUUGGAAAGAAUGUCAAAAAGUUUAACAUCCCUGCAAAACCUCCAAUAACAUUGUUUGGUGAGAAGGUCAACGGAAGAUAUAAAUAUGCUGCUUUGUUAGCUCCAAGUGGACAAGAAAUUAUUGUCCUCAAGAAUUCUGUAGAAGACAAUUUCGAAACAUUAACGAUUAAUGACGAGUUUCACGAGUUGACAAUCACUGCAAUUGAAGGUGCUGAUGAAUAUUUGUUUUCUGCUGAUUACACAGGAAAAGUUGUUUUAUCACAAGUUGAAGGAAAUGAGCUGAAGGAAUUUGUCAAUGGAAGCACAGGUUCUGGAUGUUGUAACUGCCUUGCACCUAUGGACGAUAAAAAUGUUUUCGUUGGAUGUACUGGUGGAGAGAUUAUGAAAGUUGCCUUUAACAGUGGAGAUAAACGUGAAUUCAAAUGGAUCAGAUAUUAAUUACAAUUAUAGUCAUUUAAAACAUCUUCAAUACAUAAAACUAUCCACAUUAUUUCUAUAAUUAAUAAAUAUUUACAUAAAUCAAUUUCGUAUUGAAAUGUUCUGUUUCUUGUUUUGUGCUUUUCGAUUUGAAGAUGCUUUGUUUUAACUCUACUACACUACAGUAACACUUUUAGUUUCUAUUUAUUUAUGUACUCUAAAUUGUGGUCUGUAAAAUGUUUGCGUUGUGAAAUAAACAAAUAUAAAAAUCGAUCACUUCUUUACUC